CCAAGAGGUGCAGCCUUCCAGUACUCAUCCUAAAUCUGCUUCACCAUGGCUGAAAAAUUUGAAAUUGCGAACUUGGAGCUCAAAUCUGGAGAGAGUCUGAAGCUGAAGGGAAAACUUUCAGAUGAUGCCAAGAACUUUUCCUUCAAUUUGGGCACCAGCCCUGGUGAUAUUGGUCUACAUUUUAACCCACGCCUAAAUGAAAAUGUAAUUGUAUGCAAUUCCAAACGCAGCAACGGCUGGGAAGCCGAGCAAAGAAGUGGACACAUGUGCUUUACACCGGGGACGGAUAUCAAGAUCUCAAUCAAGUUUGGUGGUGACAAGUUUGAUGUGAAGCUUCCUGAUGGUCACGAAAUCUCUUUCCCCAAUCGCCAUGGCUAUGAUAAACUUACAUAUCUCUCAGUCAAAGGAGACUUCAAAGUUAAUUCUUUUAAAUAUGAAUGAUAACUCCUUUUAUUACCUGGUCCAAUAAAGAUCAUAGUGAAAAACAAAUAUCGUU